AUGGCUACUUGCUCACGCAGUUCCUCCACCUCAUCUAGCUGCUCAGCAUCAUCUACUCGACCAGCACUGAAGCUCACAACACAGAACCUCGACGCCGUGUCCUCGCCCAAAUCGAACACUCGCUACUACGCUCAUCUGCUCUACGUCGACACACCACAACGCGAACGCAUCAUGUCCCGCGCCAACUCUUCCUCAAACUCUUCGGUCCGCUCGCAGAUCUCAACCCGCGCGGCCUCCGACGUCUCAUCACAUACCUCAGCACCAAGCCAGCCUCCAGUCACCCCAUCGACCAAGUUCGUGCUCUCGCCGAUCAUCACAACGCCAACCUACAUGGACGAGCACUACCCACUCAUCACAACCACAAACCCAUCAUCAAUCCCAGCACACAUCCCACGCUCGCACACCUGCUUCCUCGCCGCGCGACACAUGGCCGAGAUCCACAACCUCUUCAUCCGCGCCCUCAACAGCAUCUACAACCACUGCCUCGUCGUCGAGCCCACCGCCGCUUCUGCUGGUCCAUUCUUACACUUCUGCCGCGUCUUCUGCUCCAUUCUCAACCACCACCACGAGAUCGAAGACACGAUCUUGUUCCCAGUCUUCGAACAGCUCCUCAACGAGCCCGGCGCCAUGGGCGUCAACGUCGAUGGCCACGAUGCGUUCCUGCCCGGUCUGCAUCUCUUUGAGGCCUAUGUCUCGAAGACUAAGCCGGAGGAGUACUGCGGCAUGACGCUCUGCAACAUGCUUGAGCGGUUCGCUGGAGACCUGGUGCAGCACUUGCACGAGGAGAUCCCGACGCUGCUUGACCUUUGGCGCGUGGAGGACGUGAAGGGUCUGGAGAAAGUGUGGGCGGAGGCAGAGGAGGAGGGGUCGAAGGGCGGGAGUGUGUGGGAGGCGCCGGCUUUUGUGUUGGGAAAUGUGGACAAGGAGAUGGUUAUGGAUGGGGAGUUGUGUAAGUUUCCGCCGUUGCCCAUGGGGUUGGGGUUUGCGGUGAGGAAAGUGUUUAGCAGGAGGUAUAGGGAUGUGUGGGGGUUCUGUGCGUUCGAUUGGGAGGGCAGACGGCGGACAGUGAAGAGAAUGGAAUCUUGA